AUGAUCCUGACCCCCAAUCCUAACCUUGACCCCAACCCUAGUCGUGACCCCAACCCUAAUAGUGACCCCAACCCUAGUCGUGACCCCAACCCUAGUCGUGACCCCAAACCUAAUAGUGACCCCAACCCUAGUCGUGACCUCAAACCUAAUAGUGACCCCAAACCUAAUAGUGACCCCAACCCUAGUCGUGACCCCAACCCUAGUCGUGACCCCAAACCUAAUAGUGACCCCAACCCUAGUCGUGACCUCAAACCUAAUAGUGACCCCAACCCUAGUCGUGACCCCAAACCUAAUAGUGACCCCAACCCUAGUCGUGACCUCAAACCUAAUAGUGACCCCAAACCUAAUAGUGACCCCAACCCUAGUCGUGACCCCAACCCUAGUCGUGACCCCAAACCUAAUAGUGACCCCAACCCUAGUCGUGACCUCAAACCUAAUAGUGACCCCAACCCUAGUCGUGACCCCAACCCUAGUCGUAACCCCAAACCUAAUAGUGACCCCAACCCUAGUCGUGACCCCAAACCUAAUAGUGACCCCAACCCUAGUCGUGACCCCAACCCUAGUCGUGACCCCAAACCUAAUAGUGACCCCAACCCUAGUCGUGACCCCAACCCUAGUCGUGACCCCAAACCUAAUAGUGACCCCAACCCUAGUCGUGACCUCAAACCUAAUAGUGACCCCAACCCUAGUCGUGACCCCAACCCUAGUCCAUCUUUCCGUCUCAGAAGAAGCUUAUGA